CAUCGCGAUGGAGUCAACUCGGUCCAUCCCUUUCCUAUACUAAUCACACUACUAAUUACAAUAUGUCUCGUGACGCUCUUGGAGAUGAUUUAGACGACGGACUCGAAUACCAGGUCGAGUUCUCAGACGGAGAAACCGUGGCAGUCGACGACAAUACCCACAACAACGCCGACUCAUCAGAUGAAACUGAAAAGGUUGUCAAACAACUGACCGCCUCUAAAAAGAGAAAAGCAGCCCCGAAAUCCAAGCUUCAAGAAAAGAAGAAAAUGAAGAUGGAAAUGGACAUUAACCAGAAGAAAAACCUCUCUCUUGAGCUGUCUCCAGAGGCCAUAGCUGACUUUGUAAAUACCAGAAUCCGUAGAAAGAAUCCAGAUCUCUCUGCGUUGGAACUCUCUGAAAAAUACCUUGAUAAGACCGUGUUCCGUGCUUCUGGUGACUUCAAGGAAGAACGUACUUUGCCCAACUUUGCUGGGUACAUCACCGCCAAGUUCAAGAACAUGUUGCCCGGUGGAGAGUCCAAAAAGAGCAAGAAGGCCAAGAAUGCUGCUGCUCAAGCUGGUACUGCCGCUGCUGUAGACGCCAAUGCUGACCGUAAGUUCAUCGCUGUUCUUUCCAUGUCUGCUCUCCGUGCCUGUGAUGUCCAUAGACUGACCCGUGACUUGGGUGGCUCCUCUCUCAAGCUCAUCAAUAAAAACAAAAUCGAUGUGGAUUUAAAACUUGUGAAAUCCACCCGUUCUCGUGUUUUAUGUUGCACUCCAGGAAGACUUGCCAAGGUUCUUGCUGCAGAAGACGCUGAGUUGUCUGCGGAUGAAAUUAAAAUUAUCAUUCUUGAUAACACAUAUUUGGAUCAAAAGUGCCAGAAUGUUUGGGAUAUCAAUGAAACUCUCGACGUAUUGAAAACGUUGACCGAUGCUGGUGGUAAGGUGUAUUUAUACUAGAAAGAGAGGGAGUUCAACCGGUGCCAUGUGCGAGGUAACAUGAGCACGGUAUA